ACAAAGCUGCUAGGGGGUGUCAUCCACACAGUCACAUGAACAGUAGACUACCUCAAAGAAUCCUUUCAACUCGAGAGAGAAAGAGAGAGAUCAGACGCGUUGGUUUGUUGGCAGAGCUGAUGUCCGACAGUUAAUUUGCAAAGUUGCAGAGCAGCAGGUUGGUGUUGAUUUGCGCGGUCACAACCAUCAUUGACUGUAAACACUCAGCGAUCAACAUGGCCGGCGGGUUAAGUGGCGGCCAGGGCUCUGGCUCACCCCCUGAGUGUCCGUGGUCAUGGCCAAGCGCGAGAGCAGCUGCAGCAGCCCAGCAGUGGUGCGGCAGAUAGACAAGCAGUUCCUGGUUUGCAGCAUCUGCCUGGACCACUACCACAAUCCCAAAGUCCUGCCCUGCCUGCACACGUUCUGCGAGAGGUGUUUACAGAACUACAUUCCUCCCCAGUCGCUGACCCUGUCAUGUCCCGUGUGUCGGCAGACCUCCAUCCUACCUGAGAAGGGCGUGGCCGCCCUCCAGAACAACUUCUUCAUCACCAACCUGAUGGAGGUGCUCCAGCGGAACCCCGAGUCCUCGCCGCCCGAGGCCUGCAGCGUGCUGGAGUCGGUCAGCGCCGCCGUCGCCGGGAAGCCCCUUUCCUGCCCCAAUCACGAGGGCAAGGUGAUGGAGUUUUACUGCGAGUCGUGUGAGACGGCCAUGUGUUUGGACUGCACGGAGGGAGAGCACAGGGAUCAUGUGACUGUUCCCUUAAGAGACGUCCUGGAGCAGCACAAAGCAGCUCUGAAGACCCAGCUGGACACCAUUGGAAACCGGCUUCCUCAGCUCACGGCAGCCAUUGAGCUUGUGAGUGAGAUCUCCAAGCAGCUGACCGAUAGGAAGAACGAAGCAGUGACCGAGAUCAACGCCACGUUCGAGGAGCUGGAGCGAGCGCUGCAGCAACGCAAGAGUGCCCUCAUCACAGACCUGGAGAACAUCUGCAAUGCCAAGCAGAAGGUGUUGCAGGCUCAGCUCUCGUCACUGCUCCAGGGUAAGGAGCACAUCCAGAGCAGCUGCAGCUUCACUGAGCAGGCUCUGUCUCACGGCAGCGCCACCGAGGUCCUGCUGGUCCAGAAGCAGAUGAGCGAGCGCGUGGCGGCCCUGGCGCGCCACGACUUCCCCGAGCGGCCGCACCAGAACGCCCACCUGGCCUGCGUGGUGGAGACGGAGGGCCUCCGCCGCUCCAUCCAGAACCUGGGCGUGCUGCUGACCACCGCCGCCGUGGGCCACACGAGCGUGGCCACGGGCGAGGGCCUGCGCCACGCCGUGGUCGGCCAGCCGGCCGCCGUCACAGUCACCACCAAGGACAAGGACGGCGAGCUGGUGCGCUCGGGCAACGCCGCGCUGAGGGCCGAGAUCACCACCGCGGGGCCGGAGGGCAGUGGCGGCGGCGUGCGUGCGGCCGAGCCCGAGGUGACGGACAACAAGAACGGCACGUAUGAGGUGGGCUACACGCUGCGCAGCGAGGGCGAGUUCGCCUUCACACUCACGCUCUACGGCCAGCCGGUGCGCGGGAGUCCGUUCCGGCUGCGCGCGGUCAAGCUGUCGGACGUGCCGGCGUCACCGGAGGACGUGAAGAGGAGGGUGAAGUCGCCCAGCGGCAGCACCGGACACAUCAGGCAGAAGGCCGUCCGGAGGCCCUCCAGCAUGUACAGCACCACCAAGAAGAAGGAGAACCCCAUCGAGGACGAGCUCAUCUACAGAGUGGGCUCACGAGGUCGAGAGAAGGGAGAGUUCACUAAUCUGCAAGGCAUUUCAGCCUCCAGCAAUGGAAGGGUUGUGGUGGCCGACAGCAACAACCAGUGCAUUCAGGUGUUUACAAACGAUGGGCAGUUCAAGAUGAGGUUUGGGGUCAGAGGUCGUUCCCCAGGGCAACUGCAGCGGCCCACAGGUGUUACAGUGGACAUGAAUGGGGACAUCAUAGUGGCAGACUAUGACAAUAGGUGGAUCAGCAUCUUCUCACCUGACGGAAAGUUUAAGAAUAAGAUUGGCUCUGGUCGUCUCAUGGGCCCCAAAGGAGUGGCUGUGGAUCGCAACGGUCACAUCAUCGCCGUGGACAACAAAGCCUGCUGUGUAUUCAUCUUCCAGUCCAAUGGGAAGCUCGUCACCAAAUUCGGAGCAAGAGGAACCACUGACAGGCAGUUUGCAGAAAAAAGUAGUGCAAACUUUGCACUGGAGCAAAAGCUUAGUAAAUCUGGUGCAGCCUUCAGCCCCCACUUUGUUGCUGUGAAUAACAAGAAUGAAAUCCUGGUGACAGAUUUCCACAAUCACUCUGUGAAGGUGUACAAUGCUGAUGGGGAGUUCCUCUUUAAAUUUGGUUCCCAUGGCGAAGGGAAUGGCCAGUUUAACGCUCCCACAGGUGUGGCGGUGGAUGUCAAUGGAAACAUCAUUGUCGCAGACUGGGGAAACAGCAGGAUACAGGUGUUUGACAGCUCAGGGUCGUUCCUCUCCUACAUCAACACCAGCGCCGACCCCCUGUACGGUCCCCAGGGCCUGGCUCUGACGUCGGACGGCCAUGUGGUGGUGGCCGACUCUGGGAACCACUGCUUCAAAGUCUACCGCUACCUGCAGUAGGGUGGUGGGCCCCUGCAGUAAUAGGGCCCCUCCACUAUAGACAGCACGGCAGGCAACAGGCAGGCCGGACACCUCACAGGGCGCUGGAGUCUCUCUCUCCUCUACUUUCUCAGUUACAGUGUUUUGCCCACUCCAUGAAGCCACUUAGAUCUCCUGCAUCUGCGAUAAGGACUGGAGGGACACAACUACAGAUUUUAUCAAGUUACAGCAUGUGCACUUUCAUUGACUUACUGAUGGAGACAACAACAGGAAGUAUACAUUUGUCAUGGUGGAUUGGAUUGCAGUGUCAUCAUUAUGUCACAUAUACAAAAGGCAAUCUUACCAACAAAAGCACAGAUGUGGUUUGGAAAAAAAUAACAUGUUAUACAGAGUGCAAAAUGUCCUCACUGAGGGUUUUGUGACACCCCAAACAUGGCAGACUGCACCCUGUGAGUAGCCAUGUUAGUGCAGCAUCCAUACCAAACUGUUCUCUUUAUCAGUUCAUGUCCUGCUCCUUGGGAAAUCCAAAGGGCAUUUUAUCAUAUCCUAUAACUACAACAGUAAUUGUGUAAUUGAUGUGUAUUUGUAUCUAAAUGCAUAUAGAAAUAUAUCUGUACAUAUGCAUAGGUGUGUAUAUGUAUAUAAACAUAUAAAUGUACCCGACACAGUCACAGAGCUACUUGAAGGUCCUCGCCACUGGUCUAUAAUAAAACACACUGUUUCACCAGAGAGAUUGUUUUUUAUUGUAGGCCAAUGGUCCUCUCUUUACAUGCAUAUCCUACCCCCACAGGGUCUGACCUGAUGAAGAGGUCAGAUCAGAUCAGCCGUGUCAGUGUUUAGGGCAGCUGCGUGUGUAAAUAUGUGCUGGUUUGGACUUAGGACUGACCAUGUCCUGGGUGAAGUACUGUACACUGAAGACACACUCUAUAGCACAACAUGAUGCACAUUCAGGCUCUGUGCUGUUUUUGAAACAUAUUCAUCAGAAAGCAGCCAAAAAAGAAAAAAAACUUAUUAUUUUUUCUUUCUUCCUUUUCUACAUGUUCUCUUCUAUAAAUUAUUUUUCUAAUCCCUCUAUUUGAAAUUGUUUCCUCUCUGCCAAACAUCAUAUCCAUACGUUGAUGGCAUAUGACAGAUUACAUGCCCAGCCUAUAAGAACUGUUUGCUUUCAUGUGUCAAGAAAACAUUGCCAAAUGUUGUCAUUGGUUGGUUGGUUGUAACUGAAAAUAUACAAACAUGAUUAUCGCUAAGUAAAUGUAUGUUUGUCUCUCUGUAUAUAUUUUCACCAUAUAUAUAUAUAUAUAUAUAUAUAUUAUAUAAAACGUAUGUUUAUUCAGUAAUUAACAGUGUGGCAGAAAAAAAACACCAGCAAUGUGCCAGUAUUGUUCAAUUGUUAUUAUGAAAAUUAUUUAUUUUUAACAUAUCCCACAGUCAUUUUCACAGAGCCUCCUUGUUCUGAUAUGAUUCAAUGCACGCUUACCACUGGUUUUGCCCAGGUACUUGUUUGAAAAUGGACCUUUAUCUGGAAACAAACAAAUAAAUAAAUAAAUAAAUACACACAAUUUAACAGAUACACACUGUAUUAUGUUCUUGUACAAAAAGCUGCUGGUAGACUAGUGGUAAUACAAAGGCUAACUGCAGUAUAUACACAUAUAUCCAUGCAGGUGGUCCUCUCUUCUUUGCAUGUUGAUUAUGAUUUAACCAGCUGUUUGGCUGCAAGUUGUAAACCCUUUGUGAAACUAGCUACCACAUUAGACCAGGGGAGUAGACUACAAAGCGAGAUUUGUGGGGUGUUGAGCCCAAAACCAGAAAUGUUUUACAAUUUGACAGAGGUGUUCCUGGUGGACUUCAUUACUUUGAAUUUUCUUUUCUGAAAAAAAAAAACCUUUGCCUCUGCUUUCUCGUUUUCUAGUAUACUCCUAAGGUGCUCCUAUAUGACAUCAUUAACUGCUGGGUGCUGUGUUUAUCAGUAGCUGUAUAUGCUCCAAUAACCUCUCUUACCCAGAGUGUUGAUUUGUUUUUCUAUUUGUACAAAGCAUGAUAGUGAUUGGUCUGGGAAAACACGUCAUAAUUUAACAUAGAAUCAAGUCUGUCAAUAUGAGGUUGUGUAUAGCACACAGAAACCCACUUGCGUGUUCAACUUCCUUUGGCUGAUUACCAUUGUGUGUAAGAGAUUGUACAUAUUAAACACUUGACAAACCCUU